UACGAUUGUAGUAAAUUAUUUCCAAAAGCUCAGCCAAAUAUAUUUAUAUUCUAUAAAAAAAAUUUGUAAAAAUGUCUUGUAAAGAGGAAGAUGAGAAUAAACCUCCUAGGGAUUAUCUUCAGAUCUCUUGCUUUGUGGUUGCAGCUUUAGAAUUAAUUCAUUCGCUUAUGUUUGCUUUUAAUUCCAUCUACGAAUUGUCAGUGCAUCAAAAUCCCUUCAACGUUGUAGCUUACCUGGGCGCUGUGGUAUACGUUCUGACUGUUAAGGCUCUCAUUGUGGGCCUUUGGAAGAGUAUUCCAAAAUUGUUUAUAUUUUGGUUAAUAUUUGCUGGCAUUGCCACGGCCACCAGCAGUGUCUUACUUAUUUGGAAUAUAAUAUCCUCGCCCCAUUUCGAUAGGGAUCGCUUGAUUCAAUGGUCUAUUGUAUACCUGGGUAUUUUUUAUGAAUGCGCCUGCCUGUUCUUGGUGCUUCGUUAUUACAGAAAGUUUUGUCCUUAUAGUCUCCUUGAAGGCGACAACUAUGGUCACCGUGAAAAAGAUAUUGAAAAACACAAAUCAGAAAGUGAAGACGAGGACGAUGAUGAAGAUGAGGAUGAGUACGAAGAGUAUGAAAAACCGUCCAAACAAAAGUCCUUAGAUGCAUAUGAAAAAAAGUCCACCCACAAGUCCUUAGAAGGCAGGAAGGAAGAAAAUAGAAGACACUUUGUAUAAAAGGAACAAAAUCUAGUCAUGUUUUUUUUUUUGAUUAUGUUGAAAUUUCACACAUAUCCUUGUCCCUUAUGAAUUAAUAAAAAACACAAAGACACUAA